UCUGUUUUUGCAAGUUAAACUUACACAACUACUCAUGUCAAACAUCAUCUACUCAGUCUGUAAGGACUUGGGUUGGGAACUGGACAGGUUUGCCAGUUCAAGUCCCGGUCAGACCAAAGUAUGGUAGUCUGUUAGCUGAAGAAAUGCCAGAUCAGUGCCCGAUUACUGCCCAGGUGCUCUUGAGCAAGGUGCCGAACCCCAAACAGCUCUGGCGGGCUGUGUAGCAGCCCCACUCUGGUUUGGACUCUGACAUCUCUCCAUGAAUGCAUGACCACAGAUCUGUUGGCUGAGACUGUAAGAUCGACUGAAUAUAAUAUCAAAGUUUCUGCUAAGCGACACUGAAGAGGACAUUGAUUGGCUGUGAAGAUGUGUGGUAUCGUCAGUAGUUGUGCACUUGCAGCACUGCUGCUGGCUGCAGCCUGGGCAGACCACCAUCAGAGCCACGUCUCUGAACACAGCCAUACCGGAGAUAUUACCUCCAACAAGCUGUCCUCUCCCAAUGCUGACUUUGCAUUUGCCCUCUACAAAAGUCUGAACGCUGAAGCCGCUCCUGGAAAGAACAUCUUCUACUCGCCGUUGGGCAUCUCCACCGCGCUGUCAAUGGUCUCUGCAGGGGCUCGAGGGGAAACUCACAGCCAACUGUUCUCAAGCCUGGGCUACAGUGCCUUCAACCAAACUCAGGUCAAUGAAGCGUACAAGCACCUCUUUGACAUCCAUGGACGCAGCCAGGACAAUCUUCAGCUGGAUGUUGGAAAUGCUGCUGCAGUGCGCUCGGGCUUCAGUCCUCUGGAGAAGUUCCUGAAUGAUGUCAAGCAGUUCUACCAAGGUGAGAUCUUCAAUGUGAACCACAACAAUCUCUCUGAGGCUGCAGCUGAGAUCAACAGAUUCAUUGCAAAUAAAACCCAGGACAUGAUCAAAGACAUGGUGAAGGACCUAGACCCUGAUAUGGCCAUGGUGCUGAUUAACUACGUCUACUUUAAGGGAAUGUGGGAGAAACCUUUCAACCGUGAUUUUACACGUGAACACGACUUCCAAGUGGACAAAACCACCAAAGUUAAGGUGGACAUGAUGAGAAGAACCGGCAACUACAAGGCUCACUGGGAUAAAGAAAACCACACCACUGUUGUCAUGCUGCCAUACAAGGGCAAAGCAUCCAUGAUGAUCAUCCUGCCUGAUGAAGACAAGAUGAAGGAGGUGGAGGGCAACAUCAAGGACUACAUCAGACACUUGAAAGACUCACUCCACAUGAGUUAUAUACGGCUGUCACUGCCUAAAUUUUCCAUUUCUACUGAUGCUGCCCUGGAGAGCACCCUAAAAGAAAUGGGGAUAACCAACGUUUUUGAGGACAGCGCGGAUUUCUCCGGCAUAUCUGAAGAAGUCGGGCUCAAAAUCUCAAAGGCAUCCCACAAGGCUGCGCUCAGUGUCACUGAGAUGGGAACAGAGGCAGCAGCUAUCAGUUUCUCAGAGUUCAUGUUCCUGAGUUUGCCUCCAUCAGUCACUAUCAACAGACCCUUCCUAGUUUUCAUCCUGGAAAACACCACCGGAAGCAUCCUCUUCAUGGGCAAGAUCAAUGACCCCACAGCCAAGUGAAGACACACACACUUGGAAAUGAAAGGGAUACUUCACCUGUUGAAACAUGAAUCUGUAUCGACAUUGGGUCAUAUAUGUAGUAGAAAUGUGAAAUAAAUAAGUUGGUGCCUUCUUGACUGAGAAAAGGCAGAAAGUGUCUUUAGUGAC